GUGUGCAAAAAAAUGUAUUCGCUUUUCGUCUGAUAAACUGCGUAGCACUCGCUCGAGGCUUGCACACGACGCGAUAAGUCGCCUCAAACAAACAAAUUUUACUCGAAACUUGUGCAAUUUUGCACUCGUUUGAGGCCAACAAAAUCGGUAUAAAUAGGAGAAGCAGUCGGUGGAAUAGACAACAAACAACCAAGUCCAAUUCAGAUCACCUUAACCGAGUUAAGCAAAGAGAAGAUACCAACAACAAAAUGGUUUGCAAAGGUUGCGGAACUAACUGCCAGUGCAACAGCCAGAAGUGCGGAGACAACUGCUGCUGCAACAAGGACUGCAACUGCGUCUGCAAGAACGGGCCCAAGGACCAGUGCUGCAGCAACAAAUGAAGUGGCUGUUGGCCAACUAACUACCAGACUCUUAACUGUCUAACCAACAACCAAUAAAGUUUAUGAACAUUUAAAA